AUGAUUUUCACCCUUCGAUGGCUGGCAGCUGCAGCUGCGAACGCCUUUGCAGGAGCCGUUGGGUUCGGAGCCAUUGCAACUGGAGGCAACAGCGGAACCAAGUACCAUGUAACCAAUCUAGACGACUCUGGCGCUGGGUCAUUCCGGGAGGCAGUCAGUGAACCAAACCGGUAUAUUGUCUUCGAUGUGGGUGGCUACAUCCAGCUGAGUUCCGCGGUUUCGCUCUCCAGCCAUAUCACCAUCGACGGACGGACAGCUCCAGGCGACGGCAUCGGUCUCAAGGGCCGUGAAAUCUCCGCGUCGGGGAAAACCAACAUCAUCAUGCGGAAUAUCCGGAUGCGCCAGGGGACGCUCGACCCCGAUGCCGGGAAGAGCGCCUUCAACAUGGGGUCUGCGUCCAACAUCAUUCUGGACCACUGUUCCCUGGAGUACGGCCGGUUCGACACCAUCGAUGCCGUGAAGGCAGUGAACAUCACGGUGUCCAACUCAAUCAUCGCAUUCCCCAUCGGGCAGAAGUUUGGCGCCCAUGUCGAGACUGGUCCGUCCACGUUUUACCGCAACCUGUGGGUGAGUGCGCACAACCGCCAGCCGCUGGCCAAGGACGACACGCAGUUCAUCAACAACAUCGUGUACAAUUACCAAGCGGCCUACACCGUUGCCGACACUGGCGGGCACUUCUCCCACGACAUCAUCGGCAAUUACUUCAUCGCGGGGCCAAGCACCUCAACCCCAAGGGACGAUUACUUUCAGAUGAACUCGCGCCAAACCGUGUAUGCCACUGGCAACUAUCUCGAUAGAAACAAGGACGGUCUCCUCAAUGGAGCCGCGGCAAACUCGGUCGGCAGUGCUACCCUUGCAAGCAAGCCAUGGGAGAGCACGUCGCUGACGCUUGCUUCGCUCUCAGCAGCCGAUGCUUACACUGAGGUCUUGAGCAGCGUGGGCGCCGCCCCGCGGGAUGAGUUGGAUUCUUUUGUGGUUUCGACAGUCAAGUCACUCGGGAAGAAAGGAACUAUAUACUCGAGUCAAACUGGUACUGGUGUUUCGAACGGGGGGUAUGGAACUUUGUCGAACUCUUCGUCGUGA